AUGGCGAGCAAGGUGGUGGACCUCCGGUCGGACACGGUCACCAAGCCCUCCGAGGCCAUGCGGUCCGCCAUGGCCGCCGCCGACGUCGACGACGACGUCCUGGGCUCCGACCCGACCGCGCAGCGCUUCGAGGCGGAGAUGGCCGCGAUCAUGGGCAAGGAGGCCGCGUUCUUCGUGCCGUCGGGCACCAUGGGCAACCUCAUCUCCGUCCUCGUGCACUGCGACGUCAGGGGCAGCGAGGCCAUCCUCGGCGACAACUCGCACAUCCACGUCUACGAGAACGGGGGCAUCUCCACCAUCGGCGGCGUGCACCCCAGGACCGUGCCCAACAACCCCGACGGCACCAUGGAUAUUGACAAGAUCGUUGCCGCCAUCAGGCAUCCUGAUCUUCAUUACCCGACGACCAGGCUGAUCUGCUUGGAGAACACACAUGGGAAUUCUGGUGGAAAAUGUUUAUCUGUAGAAUACACUGACAUGGUUGGUGAAAUUGCCAAGAGCCAUGGCUUGAAGCUUCAUAUUGAUGGAGCUCGCAUCUUUAACGCGUCUGUGGCACUUGGGGUUCCUGUAGAUAGACUUGUCAAAGCUGCUGAUUCAGUUUCGGUAUGCCUAUCAAAAGGAUUAGGUGCACCCGUGGGAUCAGUUAUUGUUGGUUCGAAGGCCUUCAUUGACAAGGCCAAAAUUCUCCGAAAGACCCUAGGUGGUGGAAUGAGACAGGUGGGAGUUCUUUGUGCUGCUGCUCAUGUUGCCGUUCGUGAAACUGUGGGAAAGCUCGCGGAUGACCACAGAAAGGCUAAAGUUUUGGCAGGUUCCGUAGUUUAA